CGGGGGAGGGCGUGCAGGGAGUUGGGUUGGGAUAUUGCUGCGGUGUUCUUACCGUCAUUGAGCCGGUGCUCGCACUGCGGGCAUGGCGCCGGGGAGCCGGUCCUGGGGGGCCGUGCUGUUGCUCGCGGCGGUGCUGCCUGCGGCGUGCGGGAGCUGCGGAGCGGAGGGCGGCCCGCUGGAGCCCUUCGACGAGCUGUACGCCAGCGGUGUGGAAGCGUACUACGGCGGAGACUUCGCUGGCGCUGCGCGGUGCCUGGAACAAGCGCUGCGCAGCCGGAGGGAGCUGCGGGCGGAGCGGCUGCGGUGCCGGCGGCGCUGCCGGGGGCAGGUGCGGCUGGCGGCGCUGGGUGCGGGGCCCGCCGGGGAGCUGCCCUUCUUCUGGGCUCUGCUGCGGCGAGCCGGCUGCCUGCGGAGCUGCGAGGAGCCGCGUCUGGGAGCCACAUCCCGGCACCGCGCUACCGAGGAGGUGCGCUCUGAUUUCCAGCGCAGGGUGCCCUACAGCUACUUGCAGCGCGCCUACAUCCAGCUGAACAAGCUGGAGGAGGCAGCAAAUGCAGCUCACACCUUCUUCAUGGCAAACCCUGAGCACAUGGAGAUACAGCAGGACAUUGAGAACUACAAAACCACAGCAGGGAAAGUCAGCUUGAUCGACCUGGAGGCCAAGCCACACAUGGAGGAUUACAGUGCUGGUGUCAGGCACUAUGACAAAGAGGAGUACAGGUUGGCCAUCACCUUCUUGGAGCGUGCACUGGAAGGGUACUAUGCUGAGGAUGAGGAUUGCCAGAUCAUGUGCGAAGGACCACAGAGGUUUGAGGAACAUGAAUACCUGGAAUAUAAAGCUGGCCUCUACGAAGCUAUUGCAGAUCACUACAUGCAAGUCCUGGCCUGCAAACACGACUGUAUUCGAGAGCUUGCCACGCGCUCGGGCCGCAUCUCACCCAUUGAAAACUUCCUUCCCCUACACUACGAUUACCUGCAGUUUGCCUAUUACAGAGUUGGUGACUAUGUGAAAGCCCUGGAGUGUGCCAGGACCUACCUCCUCUUCCACCCAGAUGAUGAAGAUGUCUUGGAGAAUGCGGCUUAUUAUGAGGACCUCUUGAAAGGUACCCUGGAUCUAGCCACUAUCAAGCCCAGAAAGGAAGCAAAAGCAUUACUGCGUCGGCACAAGCUGGAGUCUCAUCUCCUGCGGGUGGCUUCAAUUGGCCUGGGGUUCACCUAUACAGAGCCGAACUACUGGAAGAGGUACGGUGCCCGUCAAGAUGAGCACAGUGUCCCAUCAAGUAUCAGCAGUGAGCCAGAGGAUGGGCCCCGGCUGUCGCUAACAAAGAAACCCACACCAAAACCAGAUCGAGAGCUGAAGGAGGGGGGUCCGCUUCUCUACAGCGAUGUGAAGUUUGUCUACAACUCACAGCAGUUGAAUGGCACCCAACGAGUGCUACUGGACAAUGUCAUCUCAGAGGAGCAGUGCCGGGAGCUUCACAGGGUGGCCAGUGGGAUCAUGUUGGCUGGAGACGGCUAUCGGGGCAAAACCUCUCCCCAUACUCCAAAUGAGAGAUUUGAAGGAGCCACUGUCCUCAAAGCCCUAAAGUAUGGCUAUGAGGGUCGUGUCCCACUGAAGAGCGCCCGGCUCUUCUACGACAUCAGCGAGAAGGCCCGCAGGAUCGUCGAGUCCUACUUCAUGCUCAACUCCACGCUCUACUUCUCCUACACGCACCUGGUGUGUCGCACUGCUCUCUCUGGCCAGCAGGAGAGGAGGAAUGACCUGAGCCACCCCAUCCAUGCUGACAACUGCCUCCUGGACCCUGAGGCCAACGAGUGCUGGAAGGAGCCUCCUGCCUACACCUUUCGGGAUUACAGUGCCCUCCUCUAUAUGAAUGCAGAUUUUGAAGGCGGCGAGUUCAUUUUCACUGAGAUGGAUGCCAAAACAGUGACGGCAUCUAUCAAGCCCAAGUGUGGACGAAUGGUCAGCUUCUCAUCGGGUGGUGAGAACCCACAUGGAGUGAAGGCAGUUACCAAAGGCCAACGGUGCGCUGUGGCUCUGUGGUUUACAUUGGACCCGCUUUACAGGGAACUGGAGCGAAUCCAGGCAGAUGAAGUGAUCGCCAUGUUGGACCAGGAGCACUUAGGACCCAGUGAAAUGAACAUCAACCCAAAGGAUGAGCUAUGAACUAGGCCAAAGACUUUUUCUAUUAAAUAUUUAUUUAAUAUUGUUAAUCUUAUUAGAACCUUUCUAUUUUUGUACAGAGAUGCUGUAUAAAUUAACAGGUUAAUAUGAUUGUGGAGUUUUCAGGAGUGCCUCUUCUGUAUUUAGCACAGCUCUCGCUGGGACCCCUCAUCCCUGUGCCAGCAUCUUCUGCUUGAACUCUUUGCUGCUGGGGUUCCCUGUCCUUCCUGAGCGCUGCUCAGGACCCACUCAGCCCUGCUGUACCUCCUUGGAGGACCUCCUUUUAUCUUCCUCAGCCAGAAGUAGCUGCUUCUCUUUAGCCUCUGCUAGAGAAAUGUCUCAGGUGGGCUGAUGGAUCUCACCCUUUCCCUGCCAAUCUGUGGCUGGAGACCUUAGUAGUGCUGCCCUGGAAAGCACUGCUGGGGUCUUGGUUGGAGUUUUGCUCACUUCUGCUUUGUCUCAGGGCUUUUUCAGUGCCUUUCUGCUACCCUCAGCCAGCACUGCUAUUUUUAGGGCUUAAAACCAGCAGUGGGGAUUUGGCUUUGCUUUUCUCACAGUUUGUGUCUACCCAAACCCUUCAGCCCCAGGUGCAGCCUUGUCCCCUCUUCUCAGUGCCUACAAGGCCAUGGGCAAGGCUGGUCUUAUGGAGAAACCUCAGAAGCAAGAGAAGGGGAACCAAGGACUUAGCAUCAGUGAAUGGCUUAGGUUGGAAGGGACCCUGAAGAUCAUCGUGCUCCAACCCCCUGUUGUGCCCUUCACAGCCGAGGCAACUGUUUAUCCUGAGGAGACACCAUUACUGCAUGGAAGAUGGUGGAAGGUUGAUUUGUUCCAUCUCUUCAACUGCUGCACCUGUGGGAGAGAACACUGUGAGUGCCCCCAAGCCACUGGUGUGCUCUUGGUCCUGGGCGUCACCUCCCCUCCCUAAUAGGUUUUUGAAGCGCUUCAACAGGUUGGCUUCCCAAGAAAAGACUCCUGCUAAUUGCUUACCCACCCUCUGUUGAACGCAGCCCCAGGAGAAGCUGGGGAGAAGUGGUUGGCAACUGGAGAACAGAACUAGGGGGUCUGUUAUCCCCUAUAUGCCCCACCCACGCCUUGGCUCUUGUGCUGCACCCUUGGCCCUGGUCUGUGCUGCUCCCAGGGGCUUGUUUGCUGCUGUGGAGAUAACUGGAGCUGUGUUUAAAUCCAGGGGAAAUAAAAGAAAUGAGACACCA